AUGCCACCCUCCAUCGAAGACGACUUCGAGUUGGUCGACGCCGCGGACGCUGCCACCUCACCGGCCGCCCUCGUUCCCGGACCAAAAGCGUCACCCCAGAUUGAAUCUGCAUUCGAUGAACUAAUACUCGAAUUUCAAAAAACCGUAACACAGCAUGUUGCUCAGAAGAAACCCAUCUUCCAUACCCAACUAACAACCCCGGAAUCCAACACCCCGCUCUUCCAAAUCUUCCUCGACAAUCUGCCCGAGGCGGAGCGUCCAUCCCACACCUGUAACGCGUGUCGCCGUUUUAUCAACUCGUACGGAGGUCUAUGCCUGGUCAACGAGGCUGACGGGUCCUUGAUCCCACUUCUCUGGCCAGACGACCUUUCAAGGGUUCCCCAGAUUUACCAAAACGCUGUCGGGACUAUCUACCACCUCUUCAAGGGAAAAGUAGUCGACAGCGACUGCCGCAUUCUCUCCGACAAGCACAAGAAACUUGGGAUUCAGAAGAAGGAGGGCGACAAAUGGUGGCACUUCUACGUUACCUUGGACGGCGUCCCAAUCGAGAAGGACGACUCGGGCCCCCUCGACUUCAAAGCGGCAUACGAGAUGCUAUCCCGUAUUCUCGCAGACAACUCCCCAGAGAACGUCAACCAAGCUCACUCUCUCAUCCACGAAAAACUCCCAUACUCGACCUCUCAUAAACCUGCGAUCGAUUGGUUGCAGAAGCUGAUCACCGAGCUUCAGGGUCUCAACCUCCUAGCGGGUGACACCGACAACGUUGCCAGACGCAAUCUCAUCCACUUUUACGCUCGCGACGCCUGGGCGGGGUGCUUGUCGUCCCUUCGAGGCGGGGCCAUAGGGGAGCUUUUGGGGUGGAUCUCGGAGGGUCUGGAAUACAAGGUAAUUGAAAAGAAGUGGAAGGACCUUGCCAACCCCCAUAAUUACCUUCGUCCAAAAGCUGUCCCAUCCUUGGGAAACAUCGCAGUGGCAGAGAAGACCCUCAAGAAGGUCGGGCUCACGAAGGAGGAUUUGAGGAGGUUCCACCUCGCCACCGAUGAACUUCCAGCGAAAGCCAUACUUUGGAAGAACCAAGCCCUAUGGGACCCUGCGCAGUUGGAGGAUACCAAAGACGAGAUCUUUGGCGACUUGAAGAGGAAGAUUCAGGGCAAGAGCGACGCAAAGUCGAAGCCCUCAUCCGGUAUCAGCGACGACGCCCCUCCUACAUCAAUCACUUUCCGCCAUUUCGUCCGACGUGUCCUUCCGACGAUCACCUCCCUCGAGAUCCACCUCCACGCGCAUGAGAGGGCGGCGUUCUUGACCCGAGGAGCCCCUGGGUCCCAAUCACCUUUCGUCUUCGACUCAGUCGACCCUGACAACACCAUGUCAUGGUACUACUGGGGUAACUCCCAUCCUGUAAGCGACGCAGGUCUGACUGUAGGGUGGAAUCAAGUCGCCGCUAUCUCGACGUUCCCGCACAUGUGGGACUACCUCACCCCCCAGGAGGCAUUGGACUGGGACAAGGAAACCGAACCAGCGGACAAGAAAUGGAUCCAUUCACGAAACGAUGAAGACCAUCGAGGCAUAUAG